AUGGAACAUGAUCUCCACCUUGCCCCCAGCCAGCUUGCGGUCCUCGCGCUCUGCCAAGGCGUGGCCUGCGCCGUCUCAGGGCCAGUCUGGGGGAAUCUCGUGGACUCUGGGGCCUCGCGAAAGUCGUUGCUGCAGGUGGGCGCCAUGCUUUGGGGCCUCUGCACGAUACAGUUGGCAUUGACCUCGAACUUCGUGAUCAUGAUCGUGUUGCGUGUGCUCAAUGGAGCCGCACUGGCGAUGAUGGUGCCGGUGAUGCAAUCCAUCGUCGCAGACUUGACGACGUCCUCCAACUGCGGUUCUGCAUUUGGCAAGGUGGCUUGCGCUGCAAACGUGGGUCAAGUCUUGGCGUGCUUGAUGGUGACCCCAAUCUCGGAAAGCGUCAUUCGCGGUGUCCGGGGCUGGCGACUGAGCCUGGCCUUCGUGGGAAUCCUGAGCCUGGUCUGUGCGCUCUUUGUGCGGGUGGCGGUGCAUGAAGAACCGACCGUUUGGAAACCCAGGAGAUUUGGAAUAUUGCGAGAGAUCCGCACAUUCGUGCAGUUCAUGAAGAUCCCGACGUUCCGCGUGAUCGUUUUGCAGGGCGUCUUCGGCACGAUCCCGUCAGCGGCGCAGAGCUUCACGACGAUGUACCUGCAGUACAUGGGCGUCUCCAAUGCGAUGUGCGGUCUCAUCCUCGCGCUGCGUACCGUGGGCGAAGGCCUGGGCAGUGCGCUUGGCGGUUACCUCGGGGAUAUCGCGCACAUGAGGCGACCCACCGAUGGCAGGAUUUUCAUUGCGAUGUUCUCGGUUCUGGUGAACAUUCCAUUUAUCUAUGCCAUCUUCAUGGGCGUCUCAAAGAGCCAGGACUUGUCAGUGUUCUUUGCUGGACUUCUCUUCACCAGCGGGGUUUUCACCUCCUGGGAAGUUGCGGGAUGCCUGUGCCCAGUCGUGAUUGACAUCGUGCCCCGACGACAGCUCUCAUCCGCUUUUGCUUGGAACGUGGCCAUUGUCUUCACGAGCGGCAACAUGAUCGGGCCCAUGCUGGUAGGGGUGACGGCGCAGAAGAUCUUCCACUACCGACUCACGACAGACAGCAUUGAAGACAUGAGCGCCGACAUGCGCGAGAGCAACGCAGAGGCUUUGGGGAAGUCGCUGUGCUUCAGUUCCAUCGUGCCCUGCAUCAUUUCGGCCCUGAUCUUCGCCAUGCUCUUCUGCACAUACUCUUCGGACAGGAGGAAUAUCCAGGACUGCCAGGCUGGUGACACCGACAGUGAUGUGCCAGAGGCUUCCAAGGAGCCACCGACAGAGACAUCGCGUUUGCUCACAAAGCGAAGAUCAAGCGAGGCAUGA